AUGCCCGUCGGAAUUUCUCCAGUGCUCAACGGCACCACGAGCACCAUCACCUACCACAACUUCGAGUCCAGGCGUCAGUUCGAGGUGCAGGGCCGCACGCGCUCCCAGUACGACAGCGACAAGCUGCCCAGCUCCAACACGACCGACGACACCCUCCCCUGGUACGACGCCGGCCGCGACGACAAGGACAUCGGCAUCGUCGCCCUCGGCCACACCCUGCGCCUCUCCGAGCGUGAUGCUCGGUUCUAUCUAUAUGACACCAACGUACACUCCUUGUCUUUUGGCCACUUGACCAAUGCUUGGCGAUACGUGCUGCGGCUUGAUCCUGUCACGCGGCCGAACGGGCAAUCUAUUGCACGCUUGCGUCGCUGA